CGCGCUCCUCGGCCCGGCUUUGUCCUCUCGUGCUUUGCGUUUUCGAAGGAGGGAGACACAAGAAAGAAACUUUGUCUCCUGGUGUUUGUUGGUGGACUAUCUUCUCUUUUCUAAAACAGUAAUAAAAAAGUCAUUUGAAAUACUCUCACAAAACAAUAGUAUUAUUAGUGAAGAAAACAAAAACGGAAAAGAGAAAUACAGUACGUCACAAAAACAAAGAAACCAAUGAAUAGAAAAUCGUGAAAGAAAAACAAAAGACAAAAGAGAGAGAAAAGAAAACCCCGAAGGACUCCUCAAGAUAUGCCCAAGACGUCGGUCCUCCUGAGAUGAUCGUCGCGGUCGCCUCCUUCAGGAUGUGGAACCCCAGGCCCGUGUCCGCCGCCCCCGCCGCCUCCGUCGCCCUGCUCUUCGCUCUUCUAGGUUGCAGUGUGGAGGCCCUGAGGCUGAAGUCGGUGACGGUCCCUUCACACCAGAUCACCGGCGCUUCGGUCGAGCUCGAGUGUAACUAUGAGCUCGAGGGCGACGUCUUGUACUCGGUCAAGUGGUACCGCGGAGAGAACGAGUUUUUUCGCUACGUCCCCGCCGACAGCCAUCCGAUGCAAGUGUUCGAUCUCCCGGGCGUCUCUGUUGAUACCGCCCUGAGUGACUCGCGCAAGGUGACGCUGAGGACCGUGAGUCUGCAGUCGUCAGGAAAGUACAAGUGCGAGGUGUCAGCGGAUAUGCCGUCCUUCCACACCGAGUCCAAGAGCUCCGAGAUGCUCGUUGUGGACCUGCCCGACGAAGUCCCAACGAUCAGCGGCGGUCAAGCCAAGUACCACGUGGGAGAUGAAGUCCACGUCAAUUGCACGUCCGCCCGCUCUCGCCCCGCCGCCUCGCUCAUGUGGUACAUCAACGACGACCAGGCCGAGAGCAGGUUCCUGGUGGAGUACGCGCCGGAGAACGACACAGAUGGCCUCGAGACCUCCAGGCUCGGCCUCCGCUUCAUCGUUGGUCCUCGACACUUCCCGCAGGGAGAACUUCGCCUCAAAUGCACGGCCACCAUUGCAGCUGUUUACUGGCAGAGUUCCGAAGAGUCCGUGGAAGGACAGCUGCCCCAGACUGGACCCGCCCUGGAGAGUAAAGGCGUGUAUACAGGCGGCAGCGUGAGGUUCCUCCCCAACGCCUGGUUGGCUGCAGUGGGCGUGGUCAUGGCCCGGGCGCUCCUCCCCUUCCUCCCCCGCUCAUAGACCUCCCUGCAUAACCUGCUCCCUUAAGCCCCCUUUCCCCCUUGGUAGUGUCAGCUGAACCUCGCUAGUAGUCGCAGCUUCACCGGCGGAGAGGAGGAGGAAAAGGAGAUGAGACAAAGAAGAAAAGGAGAUGAGGAAAAGAAGAAUAGGAGAUGAGAGAAAGAAGGAAAAGGAUAUGGAGGCGUGAGAGAGAG